AUGGUGAGUUUUCGGUCUGUUUCUUUGAUAUUGUUCAAACAAUGGGUUGUGGAAUUUGAGGGGGAUGUAGAGAACGAUUAUCUUGAUGCAGAGGAAGACAAUGACACAUCUCGGUUCUUCACCACAGAUUUGACUUUCGAGAGUAAAGAAAUGGUGAUAGAAUGGGUUAGGAAAACUGGGCGUUCGAAUGGUGUGGUGGUUGUUGUCCUGCGUUCGGAUGUGAAUGAUGUCAAUAGGAAUCCUAGGGUUAUAUUUGGGUGUGAGAGGAGUGGCAAGUAUAGGGCAAAACCAGUUGCGAAGGAGAAGGGUAAGAGAGUUGUAAAGAGACGGAGGUCGUCAACCAAGAAAUGUGACUGUCCAUUCAGGCUGAAAGCUCAGAUGGUGGACAGGGAUACAAAAACAUGGGAGUUAGAUGUCACGAAUGGGAAUCACAAUCAUGAAUUAAUGAAGUCAGGAGAGGGUCAUAGCUUUGUUGGGAGGCUGAAUGAAGAAGAGAAGGAUAUUGUGGAAAGGCUUGGUAAGACAGGAGUGAAAAGCAGGGAAAUCCUUAAUCAAAUUAAGUUGAAUGACAAAAGAAAUGCCUCUACUUUGAGGACAAUCUACAAUGCCAGAAGCUUGCUGAAGAUCAAGGAAUUGUGUGGGAGAACGCAUAUGCAACAAUUGUUCAAGAGAUUGACAGAGCUUGGGUAUGUGACUAAGCAUCGCAGUGAUCCUACGACAAAUGAGGUACAAGAUUUAUUUUGGGCAUACUCUCCUUCAAUUAACUUGGCCAAAGCUUUUCCAUACGUAUAUAUGCUAGAUUGUACGUACAAGACGAACAAGUAUCGAUUGCCGUUGCUUGAAAUAGUUGGGGUGACUUCCACAGAUAAGACAUUUGCUUUGACAUUCUGUUAUGUGCAUUCAGAGAAGGAAGAAAAUUAUGAAUGGGCUCUCAACAGUCUCAAGGAACUAUUUGAUGAAGAGGAGCUUCCAGGUGUGUUUGUUAUGGAUCGUGAGCUUGCUCUGCUGAAUGCUGUGAGGCAGGUAUUCCCUCUUGCAAAGAGAAUGUUGUGUCGUGUGCAUAUUGAGAGAAAUGUUUUGAGUAAAUGUAUAGGGUUUUUUAAGAUCAAAGCUGAUUUUGAUGAUUUUAUGGCACAUUUUGCUAAAUUGAUGCACUCUGCUAACUGUUUGGAGUAUGACAACAAUAUGACAUUGUUAAUUCAGAAAUUCAAGGCAUGGCCAGCUGCCUUAACUUAUGUGACAAAGUCCUGGUUGUGCAAUUAUAAGGAGUUAUUUGUUUCAGCCUGGAUUGAUCAACACCUACACCUAGGAAACACAAAUAUUAACCGUGUAGAAGGUAGCCAUGCAAAGUUAAAGAGACAUUUGACAAAUUCUAUACAUGGUUUUCUUACAUCUUUGGAUUCUAUUCACUUACUGUUAGAGGGUCAGUUACUUGAUAUCAAGGCAUCUUUUGAAGAGAGUUUGACAAGAGUGCCACUUAGAUUCAGAAAUCACUUGUACAGGAACCUGGUUGGAGUAGUAUCAACAGCUGCCUUGGUGAAAAUAGAAUCAGAAGUAGUGGUUGCGCAGAAUAUGGGUGUGGAUCCUGCUGCUUGCAAUCACAAGAACUUACUCACUCUUGGCUUGCCUUGUGCACACAUGAUUGGAGCUUAUCUCUUAGAUGGCAGAAGCAUACCUAUUAGUGAUGUCCACAACCUGUGGAAGAAAUUGAAUUUAAAUAAGUAUGUUAAUGAUUCAAACCAGGUGGUGACAAUAGACACAGAGAUGGAAGCAAUAAACAAGAGAUUGAGAGAUGCAACUACUCCACAGAAACUUGAAUUGAAGAAACAACUACAAGUACUUGCAGAACCUGUAUUGACAGAUGCAUUAGAGCCAAAGAAGAAGGUUGAUGUGAGGGGCAGGAAACAGCGUGCUAAGAAGCCUAGGUUUACAAAUCCUGUCUCUACCAAGCGUGAACCUUCUGAAUUUGAACAUAUUUUAGAGAAUCAUGUCUUUGAAGAUCUUCAAGGAACACAACAGUCUCAAGUUGGCAGUAGUAUGAAGCUCAAAGUGCAUCGAACCAGGAAGCCUAAUACUGCUAAUUGGGUCACAAGGUUUCCAGAAUUUAUUCGUCCACACAUUACACAUAUAACUGAUGUUCCAGGAGAUGGACAUUGUGGAUAUAGAGUAAUUGCCAGCUUUCUUGGUUUAGGUGAUGAUGGUUGGAAGAAGGUAUGUAUUGAUCUUUUGGAAGAGCUGAAGAAACAUCGUGAUGAAUACAACAAGGUACUAUCUCCACUGACAUCCUCUGAUGAACUUAUUGAUUCUGUUGAUUGUUUAGAUAGUUAUGCUGAUAUGAGGCAUUGGAUGACCAUGCCUAACAUGGGCAAUGUUAUUGCAUCCAGUAGUUCACAUAUCAGACGUACAAUAGUGAAAUUAGUUGAUGAUUCACCAAUACCACCUGUCUCAAAGAUGUGGCUUGAUCAUCGGCAUACAAGAGCUACGCAUUGGCUAACACAGUACACUAACAGGAUAGACAAGUUCAGGAGCAUCAUGGCUGCAAGGAAGACAAGUGGAAUGAUGGAAGGGGACAAUGGUGACUAUCCAGUGUGGUUGGAAGAGGAAGUUGACAUAUCAAACAAGAUGAACUACAAUGUUAAUGAUAGUUCAGAUGAGAGCAUUGAGGGAUUGGGAUACAUUGUUUGCGAAGGCACAGAGACCCCAUUGAUUGGGAUGGUAUUUCAAAGUCUGGAUGAAGUGUUUGAAUUUUACAAGAGAUAUGGACACAGUAAUGGAUUUUCUGUGAAGCGUAGGACUGUUAAUAAGGACAAUGAUGGGAUGAUUAGGUACGUGACUUUUACUUAUGGUAGAUCUGAUUAG